AUUAAAGCCACAGAAACUGCAUUGGUCUACCAUACAAUCAUAUGUGGGCAUACCAAUACCUGGACAUCGGUAGCCAUGCAUAAAGGAACACACUGGAUAUUUUCUAUCAUUCUUUUUUGGAGUUUUACUUUCUCAGAUUCUAAUUUAAUCAGAAACAGUAUUCACAUUAGCAACGCCUGUUAUGGCGUUCACAACAACGUAUUACAUCUUCAUUGUAAGUCUCCAAAAGUCAUAAAAAAGGUGAUCCAGAUGAUUUUUGCAACCAAGGCAGAAAGUGAACAUUGCCCCAAGGUGACAAACGAAGCUAACUACAAGGAAGGCUGCUGCACCCUGAGGGACGGAGACUGCACCGUUUCAGUUAUCAAUGAACAUGAUUUUUCCCACUGCAUUGGGAUGCAGGAAUGUUCGCAUUUAAGUACGUGGAUGCUAAUUGGAAACAAAUGCGAGCAAGGCGUCUACCCUCAAUAUUCAAGCUUCAUGGCAAUUAAGUACCUGUGCGGAGAACCGGAAGGGAAGAAAUCGACAACUGAAAUGACUACAGCAAAGGUAACUGCAGCAACGAACACAUCCCUGCGAAUGUCUACGACCGAAAAAUCUCUGCCAGUAACAAAAAACACGCCAGACAACAUCGUAAAAUCGGUUACGAAAACAACUAAAGGCAAAAACUAUAAUUCCACCAGCACCACAGAGAACACUAACGUGGCACCGAUUCGGGCAGAAAGCGAACAGCCAGCUUUAAUGUUGGGAGCUAUAAUUGCUAUCACUUGCGGAGUUAUUGGAAUGUUGUUAAGUGUUCUCUGUCUCUGGAUAUAUUGUCGCACUAAGAACCAGACGUCUCCAGAUCCAGAUACGCAUAAAGUACCGACAAGGUUUUGGAAUAAUAUCCUACCCCAGUCGUUAACGCCAAAGUCUUUCGGUAAAGGUUACAACAACUUUACAAGUUUUAUGCCAUCCAGCUAUCCUGCAUUCCCAUACAAAGACGGACAACAUGCGCAUAUAUUGCGAUCUACAUCAGAUGCCAGUCAGUCAGACCAAUCAGUUUCAUCUUGUGGCAACCAGUUAAGUGAACGAUCUCCUCCGAAUACACCAAGUAAAUCCCGUUCGCCACAAGAUGGCGCCCCGUUCGCUUUUACAAUAGUCAAUAACUUGGCUACAUAAAAGCCACUACCUACAACAGCUUCAUAUUACGAUAUAUAUAUAUAUAUAUAUA